AUGGAAGUGUGUUAUCCAAUGGAAAAUCAAUCAGUGAACAUAGAAACCGUGGAAAAUGUUGAUAAAGUUCAAGCAGCUAUAAGUAAUUUUAGAGAGAAUCAGCGAAAAGGUAAAACAGGUAAAACAAAAUGUACUGCUCUUGCACGUGCUAUAUGUUCAAGCAAGGUUCUGGAGUCUCAUUUUGCCAAGAAUGCAAAGACUGCCGUUACUUCUUCAAAGGAAAAGAAAGAUCAAGCAAUGGAUGAAUUUGAUCAGUAUGUCUUGUAUGAAGAAAUGAGAAAACAUACAGAGGGUUUGUCUGAAGUAAUUGGAAGGAACAAAAGUUUCAAUCAUAAUAAUGUCCAAGAUAUGAUGAACUCUGUAGCAGUUGCAUCAACUAGCUCAAAGAUACCUGAUUCUGAACAUAAUGAGGAGAAUGCUUGUAAUGAUAAUUCGGUUGUCCAACAUGAAGAUAUUGAAACUGAUUUGGAUAAGGUCUUGGAGAUUUUGGAAGAAGAUAUUGAAGGUGGUAGUGAAGAUAUGAGUGAUUCAGAAGAUGAUGUAGUCAACCCUAAGGAAGAUUAUUUAUUUCCAACUCCUGAAGAAAUAAGUAAUGCAAAACCACCAGAAGUUGGUAUGGUUUUCCCCAGUUUGGAUCAUGCAGUAAAACACAUGACUGAGGAAGAAAUUAUGUUAUCUAAAUUACUGCAAGAGAUCAGGGUGAAGCCUCAACGAAUAAUGACUAUAUUCAGAAGAUUGAAAGGUAGCUUUGGAAAUAUAAAUUUUGGGAAAAAGAAAAUGGACAACCUGAAGCAAGUUGAAAGGAAGUUGAAACGGAAUACAGAUAUUGCAUGUGCUCUAAAUUACAUUGAAAAGAUUCAGCUCGCCAAACCUGGUUUUUGUUGCAAGAUGGAAGUUGAUGGUGAAGGUAUGGUCAGAUCUUUAUUUUGGACAGAUGCAAAAUCGAGAAUGGAUUACAAGCUAUAUGGCGAUUUAAUCUGUUUUGAUACAACCUACAGUACUAACAAGUACAACAUGCCUUUCGCCCCCAUUAUUGGAAUCAAUGGAAAUGCGAAGACAAUAGUUUUUGGUUGGGCUCUUCUAAAGGAUCAGUCUGCAGAUACUUUUGAAUGGCUAUUUGAAAGUUUUGUCGAAGUCAUGGAAGGAAAGAAGCCAAAGCUUAUCUUGACUGAUCAAGAUGCUGCCAUCCAAGCUGCAAUAAGUAGGGUGUUCUGGGAUUCUUUUCAUAGGUUUUGCAUUUGGCACAUCCUACAGAAUCUGAAACAGAACACAAGUGCAUACAUGGCAGAGAGAGAAGGUAUGGAAGAUACAAUAGUGAGCCUAAUAAUGGAUUCACUUCACAUAUUGGAGUUUGAAACUGGUUGGAAAAAGAUGCUUCAGACUUACAACUGUGCUGACCAUGAGCAUCUGAAGAGGAUGUGGGGGAACAGGGCGAAGUUUGUUCCAGCCUAUUUCAGAGGUAGUUUCUGCCCUUUUACACGCUCUACAGGGAGAAGUGAGAGCUUUAACUCAAAUUUUAAAGAUUAUGUGCUGCGAAAAGAUACAAUUGAGAAUUUCUUGAAGCAAUACGAGAUUUUCCAAGAGAAUGUUGUGGAAAUUGAGAAUGAAGACCGUUUCCACUCUACUCAACAGGAUCCCACUUUUUGGUGCCAUCAGCCCAUUGAGCGGCAUGCAGCAAAAAUAUACACAAGAGGUAUUUACUCGAAGUUUGCGACCGAGCUUCUUAAUUCAACUGCUUUCGGUGUUACUGAAAUAGUGAAGGACAAGUUGUAUGAGUUGAAGAAGCUAUUCAAUUACAAGAAACCUGAGUAUAGGAGAGAUGUCUUCACUGUUUGCGUUGAUAGACAGAAUCAAACCUAUGAAUGUGAGUGCGCAAAGUUUGAGAAAGAUGGAAUUCUAUGUUGCCACAUUCUGAGACUGUUCACACAGUUUGAUGUUGUAGAGAUUCCAACUGAGUACAUAUUACCAAGAUGGACAAUAAAAUAUAGGGAGGAUGAACUGUUAUUACAGAAAAAGCAAAGUGUUGAUGUACAUGGAGCUGAAACAUCUGCUAGUACUUUGAGAUAUGCGAUGCUUCUCAAUAGUGUCAACGAUGUGUGCGCUGAUUUAAGCAAGGAUGCAAAUAAGAGCAAACAAUUUAUUGAGGAGGUUCAUAAACUUCACAAAAGGUUGAUGGCGGAAGACAAUGCAGAACAGCAAACAGAUGGCAACUAUGUCAUCCUCAAAGACCCUCCAGUAAUAAAAAAAAGUAUAUCUGAACCUGUUGAGCAAAUUAGUUCAAAAAUGAAGUCUGCAAAGAAGCGUAAGCAACUUAAAGAAGGUGAAGCAUCUGCUUUGAAAGAUCCUCCAGUAUCUACUGCAAUAUCAGUAAACAAAGGAGACCGACUGAAGCCUCAAUCAGAAAAGAACUCCAGGAAGAAAAAGAAAAAACCACCAGGCAUAUAG